UCCCUAGCGGACAGAGCCUUGUCCGCGCAUGCGUGAGGCAGAAAAGUGCGUUUUAGAAUGAUUACUGGUGGCCAGAGGAGAGACAGAUUAUAUGGCUCCGCACAACUGUUGUUUUAAUCCCCUGGGCGAGGAGAUUUAGGGAAGAAAAAACACUGGCUUUAAACCCAGCAGCCAUAUUGUAUGGAAAAACGACGGAAAGACUCCUCUUUUCAGAAAAAGUCGCUUUCUCAGACACCCCUCUCAAGACUUCUGGGGAGUUUAAUUAUCUUUCUUACUGGCGGUGGGCUUGUGUUGGACAGCUAGCUUGCCAGCUGGCUGAGGAAUUCAGAGAUUGGGACUAGUUUUUGAGCCAUUUUAAACAAUAUUGUGGUUAUCGCUUUGGUUUUAAAAGUGUUAAAUUAACCGCCUGAAAGAUGAAGGACCGAUUGGAGCAACUUAAAGCGACAUGUGAUCAAGAUGACGACGAGGUGGAGAUUGCUGUGGACAAUGCGGCCUUCAUGGACGAGUUCUUUUCUCAGAUUGAGGACAUAAGGAACAGUAUUGAUAAAAUUGAUGAGAAUGUGGCUGAAGUCAAAAAGCUUUACUCAGUCAUCCUGUCUGCUCCCACUUCAGAUCAGAAAACACAGGAUGAGUUGGAGGCUAUCACCAAUGACAUAAAAAAGAUGGCCAACAAUGCAAGAAACAAACUCAAGACUAUCGAAAGGAAUCUGGAGUCAGAAGAGCAGGAGAGGGUGUCGGCUGACAUGCGGAUACGUAAAUCACAGCAUGCAGUGCUGUCCAGGAAGUUUGUGGAGGUAAUGACAAAGUAUAAUGAAGCCCAGGUGGACUUCAGGGAGAGGAGUAAAGGACGCAUUCAGAGACAGCUAGAGAUCACUGGUAAAGCAACAACAGAUGAAGAACUGGAGGAGAUGUUGGAGAGUGGCAAUUCUGCUGUGUUCACUGCAGGGAUUGUGGACUCUGGGAUCUCUAAACAAGCCCUGAGUGAGAUUGAAUCCAGACACAAAGACAUUGUCCGUCUGGAAAGUAGCAUCAAGGAGCUGCACGAUAUGUUUGUAGACAUUGCCAUGCUGGUGGAGAGCCAGGGAGACAUAGUAGACAACAUAGAGCAGAAUGUGUCCAAGUCAGUGGACCACAUAACAGUGGCUAAGGAACAGACCAAAAAAGCUGUAAGGUACCAGACCAAAGCACGCAAGAAAAUGGUGAUAAUAGUGGUGGUUGUGGUGGUCUUGCUGGCCUUACUAGCUCUCAUUAUCGGGUUGUCAGUGGGACUGAAGCAAAGCUGAUGAGCUAUCUUGAGUAAGAGGAGAUCUAAGGGAGGUGAAGACUAUUGGUGCAGUCUGUGCUGUGGUUGUUCUCAUCCUCAUCACCAUCUUUACACUAUAGCAGGACCUCUGUGUUGCUACCAUCAUUUGUUUAUUCAUCAACACUCCAUCCUACCCUCCAUCAGCUGGCCCCGCAAAGAAAAGAUUGAUACUGGUCACUUUAGACGAAUACAAUAUUAAUUCACCCACGGAUGUCAAAAUCAUCAACUUAAAACUGGACCAAGAGUCUUUUUAACUAGUAGAGGAAGGCUUGGUGUUACAUUUAGGAGCUGGGAAAAAGUGGACCUACAGGAUUUGUGAGAAUUAAGAAAUUAUUUUUGACCUUUGAAUUGCUUUAACAAAUCCCUUCCCGAACCAUCCUUCCUGGUCUGUGUGGGUUUGUUUGAGCUCCUCAGGCAGCUUGGACAGUUUGUGGAUGCUUUGUUGUAAAUGAGGAAAUGAGACCAAAGCUGACAUGAGGUAACGAUACCUAUUGUAUCUCCAGAGGUGAAAAGGGAAUUGAAAAAUAACUGAUCAUGAUUUCACUUGUGCUACUAAACAUUUCAUUGUUCAACAUUCAGUGCCAAAGAAUCAACCUGGAAGUGUUUGUCACCUGAAAUUUAUUUUACUGUCCUGAAAGUCAGACCCUUGUGAAGCCUUGUACAGGCACAUUACCUCCCUUACCUUUAUUUCUUGCCUUUAUGAGCCUUGACACAUGUUGUGAUUGAAAAGCUAGCUACUGUAUGUUCACUGUAAUGGGAUUUUGUUGGUUUGGUGGAGUUCCAGCACUUUCACAUUUCAAAAUAUGUCUAAUUUCUGUGAUUUAGCUAAGAUGAUCAGGUAAAUAAUAGAAUUAUUAUAUUUGUGUUAUUGAUAUCUAGUCCUGAAUAUGACUCAGUUCUUUAACUUGAAGAAGGUCAGUGUGCUCACUUAUGGUUCUUCAGUUUGGAGAGCACGCUGGUUCUGAUUUUAAAUGCAUGAAGGACGGUGCUUAUGGGAACAGAUUUGAUGGACAGUUGGAGCUAUGAUAGGCAAACAAGCAAAAAAAGAGGGAUAAAUGCGCAUUUCUUGCUUGAAGAUUUAUCUGAACACUGCAACACUAUUAUUGAUACAUAUAAUAUAUAUAUGAGAGACAUGACUAUCCCCCCUGUUCAAAUGCUUUAAAAACAGUGUUUUAUAUGCCAGAUGAUAUAAAGAGAGACUGGUAGUAACAAUACUGAUUUAGCUUGUUUCCCAAAAGAGCCAAAAUAGUUUUUGUAUUUAUUAUACGUUUUGAUGAAGUGUUACUAAUAGAGUCACAUAUACAGGAUGAAGUGUAUAUGGAAACUUUAAUCUCCAGUAUGGGCUCAGUGGCUGCUGGCUCUUUACCACUGUGACAUGCAUUUCCUGCCAGGUCGCACAUUAUUUCUGCUGUAAACAAGCAACUCAGUUGUCAAUUUAUUAGAUUCAGCCAUUUGAAUAUAGUGUGGUCUAAUACAACAGCCCUGUAAUAAAAACCAAUGUUUAUGAAGGUUAUAAUGUUCGGUUUUUGGUAAAAGAGCUUUAGAGGUACGUUGGGUAAACUUAAUGGACAUUUUGGAGGCUGUAGUAUGUAGUGCUUUUGAAUUGUGCUGCAUUAUACUUGAGAGGUGUGUCUGCCCUCACUUAUAUGAACAGGGAGGACAAAAUAUUAGAAAAACCUCUCAGUAUAAAGCAAUACAAUUCAACAGUACCACCGAGUACAACUUCCAGAGACUUUGAUGUUUUCAUUACUAGUUUCAGUCCAUAUUUUCAGAAAACUCAAUGAUUGAAAUUAGUUUACCGAAUGAAGGCAGAAUUUAUUUCAGGGUUGUUGUACUAGACUGAAUUAGUUUCAGCUAGGCGUACCUAACAAACUGGCAACUUAGUUUAAUUCUGGUUGGUCAUCAUCAUUUCAUGAGGACAUUUUUUUUCCUGCUAGAGGGAAUGUAUCAAACCUACAAUUUAUUGAACCACAGCGUACAUAUUGUCACCCUGUGGCUUUAAUAGGGUAAUUAAAGCCGGUGAUCCAGCUGUGCAUACCAGGACUGUAUCAGAAAUACUAUUUCCUCCAGUCAUCAAAGUGAACAGGCAAGAUGAUCCAUUUUUAUCAACAGGUAUUGACCACAUCAGGGGUCUUGUACUACAACGUCAUACUUUUUGAGAUGUCCAGUGUGUUGCGAGAGGCACCAUCACUGAGUGAAUUCUGUGUUUCUGUUUGACCAGAUCCUGAAUGCUACAUUUAAUUCUGGUUGAAAGUAAGAGGCCCCCAGCUUGAUCUUUAGACCUAGGCAGUCUGCUCUUUUGACUUCUGUCCAUAACUGCUGAAUCCUAUUGCUUCUGUUCAAUCCUUUUUCUUCAGCAAGGUCUGCACAAAGAGAGGGAGGAGAAAAAUUGAAACUGUUGUAGAUUGUUUUAACUAAUGUGCCAGUGAUUUCAAUGGAGAUUAAAGAUUUUAUGUUUUUUAA